CUGCGUCAUAUGGGUAAGAAAACGUCACUCGGGUGGAAGGGAAACGAAGCCGGUGUUUUUGGAGAUGAAUUGAAACUGAUCUCAUAUAAACUCGCUUUAUGAAAAUAGCAUUUUUAACAUUUACUAAUCGCAGAGAAGUUUAAUAUAUAAUAUUUAUUUUUUGUGAGGAUGGAUUACACGAAUCAGAGUGGGUUCAGACAGCAAUCCAGGCCAAGGAUGAGGAGUCCUGGCUCAGAUUCUCAUGAACCCCGUCAGCUUUUUGAUGACACCAGUGCUGGUCAACACAACUCUGGACCUGGCAGCAUGGACAAAGGAGGGAUGGACUACGCAGGACAUGCCAUCCUCUCAGAUCCUAUGUCCAAUCUCGCUAUGGCCUAUGGGAGCAGCCUUGCAAGCCAGGGCAAACAAAUGAUGGAUAAAAACCUUGACCGCUUUAUCCCCAUCUCCAAACUGAAAUAUUACUUUGCUGUGGACACCGUUUAUGUUGGCAAGAAGCUGGGACUGCUGGUAUUCCCCUAUAUGCAUGAGAACUGGGAGGUUAGUUACCAACAGGAUACUCCAGUAGCUCCACGCUUUGAUAUCAAUGCUCCGGACCUGUACAUUCCCUCGAUGGCUUUUAUCACGUAUGUCCUGGUUGCAGGCCUGGCCCUUGGCACACAAAACAGCUUUUCCCCUGAGAUCUUGGGGAUGCAGGCUAGCUCAGCCCUGGUGUGGCUCAUUAUUGAAGUUCUUGCCAUUCUCCUCAGCCUUUACCUGGUCACAGUGAACACAGACCUCACUACCAUCGAUCUGGUGGCCUUUUCUGGAUACAAAUAUGUUGGGAUGAUAGUCGGAGUGUUAGCCGGGCUCCUGUUUGGAAAGACAGGGUAUUAUCUCUCAUUAUUCUGGUGCUGUGCUUCAAUCUUUGUCUUUACGAUCCGAACACUGAGGUUAAAGAUUCUAUCCGAGGUGGCUGCGGAGGGCGUCCUUGUCCGAGGAGCCAAGAAUCAGCUGCGCAUGUACUUAACCAUGGCCAUUGCUGCAGCACAGCCUGUGUUCAUGUACUGGCUAACUUUCCACUUGAUAAGGUAAAUAUGUGGAGAUGCAUGGCGCCAGCAGUGAAAAUGAAGGACACUACCACUACAGCCAUGACUGAAGCACUCUCAGUCCUCCUCAGUAGAGACUUGAAGCACAGAGAGUCCAUUUGCACAGAUGCAAACAAAUGAACACGCAUUGUGAAAGCUUACAGUACAACAGGAGCUGUGAUAAUUCAGCUUCUUUCCACUUGUGCAUUUAUAAGAAGGACUAUAUGCUUUUUAUGUUGGGUUUUUUUUUGUUUGUUUGUUGUUGUUUUUGUAUGAUGUAGAGUACAAUUAUUUGAUUCAUAUUUUUUAAAGCAAUGUGAACACUUGAAAUACAGGCUGAAAAGGUAUAUUUGAGCCAGUCGGCACAGUUUACUCCAACACCCAGGUACCUGUUAACACCAAAUGCCUGUCAUGUCUUUGUUUUCAACUGUGUACAUUUGUAUCGUUGUAUGUAUGUGCAUUUCUCUUCACCUGAUUUAAAAAACAAACAAACAUAAUAGUAAGUCUGUAUGUAACUACUGUAAAGUACUUUAAAGGACUGAUUCUGAAAUUUGGCAAACAAAAACUUGACUCUCUUUUUUUUUUUGUAAUUAAAACAAUGAUAGAAUUUC